UUUUUUUUCUUUGUUUAUUUUUUUUUUUUUUGUCAUUAAAAACUGUUAAAAACAUACUGUAUAAUAAAUAUUGUUGUUUAUAUUUUUGUAUGAUAUACCUAUUAAUAAAUAAUGCCAUCAAAUAGUGAAACUAAUAGCAAAAAAUUAUUUUUUCUAAUAAAGCCAUUAAAAUUUUAUAUGGGAAUUGAAUUUCAAAGAAAAGAAUAUUGUUAUUGGUGUGAUAAAAUAGAGGAACAUGGUGGUAUUGUUUAUGACACAAUUGAUGGAAAUACAAUAAAUUUAACAAAAAAUAUUAAAUCAAAUACAAAUGAUGAUAACUAUUCAUGGCAUGAUUGUCAAUUUGUUGAUGAUUGUAUUAAAAAUGGUGCUUUAGUUAAUAUUAAAAAUUAUCGAUUAGAAAAAAAGUCUGAUGUAGAAAAAGACAGUCAGAAUAAAUCAACAGCUUUGGCAUCAUCAUCAUCACCACCAAGAAAAAAAUAUAAAUCAUCAAAAGACUGUUCAGUUUCGACAGAUAAAAAAUUAGAAAUGAAUACAGCUGUUCAACUUGAAGCCAUUGGUUUACCAGAUAAAAACAAAUCAGAAGAUGAAGAAAAUAAAAAAGUAAUAACAUCAACAAAUGAUAAUGAAACAAGUCAAUUAAAUUUAUCAGCUAAUAAAACACCAGGUAUUACAAAAGGUAUUAAAGUUGUUGAUAUGGAAACUCUUAUAGAUGGUACAUUCAAAUUAUUAAAAACUCCUGAUGAUAAAUCAAAAAAUACAAAAAAUUCUACAAAUAAAAAAUGUGUAAAUGAUGCAAAUGGUACCAGUGAUGAAUCUUUAAAACAAAAAAUUGAUAAUAAACCAGUUAUAGAGUCAUUAAAUAGCAAAAAUCAAUCUGAAUUAUUGAUAGAUGAUUUAUCAGUAACUGAUGACAGUUCAAAUGACUCCAAGCCUCUAAAAAAAUUGUCAAAUAAAAUGUCAAGUUCAAGAAUAACAAGUGUAGAAAAUAGAAAUUGUAAAAAGAUAAAUACGAAUGAAUUUGGUGAACGAAGGGUACUUGGACAUAGAGUACGUGAAGUACCAAUGGCAACAUCAUCAGAUGAUGAAGAAAAUAUUGAGGAAAAUGUUUCGUCGUUUAAAGCAAAUAAUAAAUCCAAUUUAAAACAAGAAAUUUUAGAGAAUUACAAUCAUGAUGAAUCUGUUAUUGUUAUUUCUUCUGAUGAUGAUGAUGAUGAUGAUGAAGAUGAAGAUGAUGAGACACCAUCAUCAUCUUCAAUAAAUAAGCCACAUAAAAAAUGUCUUUUUAACACAGUUUUUGCUGACAUUGAAAGAAAACCUAAAUAAUUUUAAAAAAUAUAUAAUUUUUUAAAUAAAUUAUUAGCGAUAAAUUAUUUUUCAAUUAAAAAUAAUCAAAUACUAUAUUUUUCAUACCAAUUUUUUUAUUUUUUUAAAUAAAUUAUAAUAAAAAAUUUAUUUUUCGAUUGUUUUUUUUUUUUCCAAUUAAAUAAUUAAUUAACAAGCUUAAUAAUAAUUUAAUUUUUUUAAAUUGAUUAAUUAUAUUUAAAAAAAAAACACUUGAAUAAAAAAAGGAAAAAAAAAAAAAAAAAAGA